AUGAUGACCGCUGGCGUGGUCAAGGAGAGGACUCGUGAAGGAUUCGUCAUUCAUAUUGACGAGUGGCAGUGGGUUAGUCCUUCCCAAGUGAAGCGUUUGCUGAGGGAUUGGGGUUAUAGGCAACUUCCCCUUCUUGAGGCUGAGCCUGCUUCAACACGGGACCAAGAGCGCAAGGGACACGCGCCUGUUCCACACUCUGACUCAGAGGCUUCGGAAAGCCCAGCGCGCCUUAGUGUUGAAGCUGAGGCGCCUGGCGAACGCCCACCUGCCCUCAACAGGCGGGGUCGGCGAGCCCGUCGGACCCGUUCGAAGCGAAAGCCUGAAGUCCAAGUUGCGAAUGCGCUAGAUGAGGUGCUGUGCACAGACGACUUGGAGGCUGACCCUCCGCUUCGCCGCAGCAAAGCGACCUUCCUGUCGGAGGGACUCGACAAGUUGCGCCAGCAGCUGGGGCACAAGGAUAGCGCCCAGGAGCGUAAGAGAAGCCAGGACACUGCAACGGCCCUUGCUGAAAAAGCAGCGUCGGCUGCCGCCAAGAAGCCCCCAGCCAAGAAGCCUAGAACUAGCGGUUUAGCUGCAAGUUUGCGCAAGGCCUUGAAGCGGGAGGAAACUGCAACGGAUGAGGAGGCGGGAGAUGAAGGUGAGGAAGCCGACGAGGACUCAGAAAUCUUCGCAGGCCUGCAUAGUCGACGCCAGAAGCUUAGGACGCUGGCCAAGCUGCAGCCUGGCAAACUUCUGGUUGCCGGCAUGCAGAACUUCGCAGAGCAGUUAGGACAAGCAUUUGGGGAGGCGUCCGAUGAUCCCUUGCGCCCGCUCGCAGUACGUUAUCUGCUUUCGGUUGUUGCUCCGACGUACCCAGGACAGACCCUGUCUGACAGUGACUACCGGGAGCUUAGGAGCUUGGCAGAGAUGCUUGACCAGCUGGUCCGCGGGGAGACGGCCACGUUAGGCGAUUUCUUGAUGCAGCGAUUCAAGGCAAAGCUUAUGGCAACUCGCGAUGCCUCAUGGAGUGCGGCCAAGUAUCUAGAGCUGAUUCCCAUUGAUCCUAUCCACCAUGGCACAACAGUGGAGGAGGAGGAAUGGGUACGUAAUAUAAGGACCGACCCGACCCCUCCUUAUCGCGACCCAGCCAUGCAUCAAGGGUCCGACAACCUGGCAGCAGCCAGGAGCACCAGCAGCACCAAAGCAGAGGAAGACCUGCAAGUGACCGUCAGCAAGUUUCCUCGGGUGAGGCCUCCGCCUCCUGCCCGUCGCCAGCGCAACGAACAGGGCCAGGAACUCAACGACACUCGCCGGCAAGUCACGUAUGCGCAAGGGACCAAGACUGCCAAUGGACCGGGGCGGUUAGGCCAGAGCCACAAUCCCGGAAAGGAGCACAGGCAGCCUGGUCAGCUCGCACUUCCGGCUCCAGCUGGAACAGAAGCCCCUGCCGGUCGGAUGAGCGCAUGGAAAAAGGAAACUCCUCGCAAGCAAGGGGAGUCACGCCGCAACUGGAAGAAACGAGUCUUCCAGCAACACCGACAGGGGGGCAAAAGCAGGGAGGACAGUCCACUCAGCGUGGACAUGGACGAUCUGUCAUGCCCAAAAGGUGUGGGCGUUCUCGCCAGAAAGAGUUUAUCGUCAGUUGCUGUGCCACCGGAAGUGAGGGAGAGGAACCGUUUGGGAGUGGAUUGUCUGCUUCUCUUUGAAUGGCGAAUUCAGUGGCUGGCAGCCCUGUCGGCUACGGUCACAUUGCCAAACUUCGGGGAGUUGAUCAAAUCCCGGCGCAUCAGCUAUGACAACGAGGAGGUGUCGGUUGCCUUGCCUCUUGUUUUGGGGGAGCUAGUGCCUGGUUUGCCUAGAACAGGGGUUGCUGGGUCCCUGCUCGCUGUUGAUUUUGCGACGGGGGUAGUUCAGGACUGGCUGUCAAAACCGGAAGAGGCACUUCUUCCCUGUGAACGCUGGCCCUCAAAAAUCCCCAAAGCCCGUAUUCAGUGCAGCUAUGAAGAGUGGUGCCGAGUAGCCCAGCACAUGCAUCAGCUGGGUAUUCUCAGGGCCAUCGACAAAGCAGACAUUCUUCAUGUUAACGGGAGGCCUGUUUUAAAUGGUGCAUUCGCAGUCCUGAAGAAGGGCGAGCCAAGCGAGGGGUUCCGUAGGGUAACCCGUUUCAUUAUGAACAUGGUUCCCGGGAACACAUAUCAAAGACCUCUUCGCGAGGAAGUGGCGACUCUGGCAGGCGCUCCAACCUGGUCUAACAUUGUGUUGCAGAGCGGGGAAGUCCUGCUCUGGUCAUCGGAAGAUCAGAAGGGUGCCUUCUACGCGUGGCAGCUCCCGUCAGGAUGGGGCAAAUACAUGACGUUUCAUUGGCCCGUGCCAUGUGAGCUUUUAGGCCUUGCGGGAACAGGCAAAACGCAUGUCUGUGCGGCAGUUAUUCCCAUGGGUUGGGUCAACGCCGUUCCAUUGUUUCAACAUCUGCAUAGACAACUCGGACUGAACCCAGCCUGUGGGGCUGACCUCCCGCCUGAUUUUGAGUGGAGACGUGACCGCCCCUGGCCCCUGCAGGCGCAGUCCUGGUACCAGUACUAUCUGGACGAUUUCGACGCGGUGGAGAUAUUCGAGCCGGAGACAGCGCCUCCAGAGGGGAGUCCUGCGGAUUUUCAACUCCAACAACGGCGCGCGUACAGCUUGGCAGGCGUGCAAAUUGCUACUGACAAAACUGUGCAGAGAGCAACAAAAGUCGAACGCAUGGGCGGCUCGGUUGACGGAGUCGUUGGCCGAGUAGGCGUUACUGCAAGUAAGAUGCUGGAAAUCCUAGCCUUUGCUCGGUAUGUCUUGGGGCGUCAGCGCCUCGGCAGCCGGGUUUGGUUAAUGCUACUGGGACGCCUUGUACGCAUUUUCGAGUUUAGGAGGCCGCUCCUAGGUGUACUUAACCGGGUGUGGGAGCACGGAUCUCUGCAGCGGCUGGUGUGGCUGCGACAGAAGGAUGCAGACGAAGUUCUCAUUGCCUUAAGCUUGCUGCCCUUAGCGUUUUCUGACCUCCGGGCCCCUAUCUCUGAUAUGGUGACUGUGAGUGAUGCAUCUAUGGAAGGCGGUGGUCACUGUCGCAGUGCAGGAUUAAUGGAGACUGGUCAGCAGGCACUGGACUCGGCCUCUCGCGAUGGGACGCAUGCUUUUCACCCACUGGAUUCCAUGCAGCAUGGUAGGCAAGUCUCCUCCGGGGCGCCUAGAGUAUUCGUGAUAUCACUCUUUGAUGGCAUCGGCGCACUCAUGGUGGCGUUAACGCAAUUGCCUGUUCUGGUGAUAGGAUAUGCAGCUGCAGAGCGGGAUGCCGACAGCAAGAAGCUGGUGAGGAAGCGCUGGCCGGGUGUGCUGGAGCUAGGUCCGGUGGAGCACCUUACCUCCAACUUGCUAGAACAGGUAUUCACGUCUUCGGGUUACGAGUAUGACUUUGUGUUAGUGGGUGUCAGCAGUCCUUGUCAAAGCCUCGUUGCGGGCAGCAAGGAUCAGCGGGCUGAUGCUGUCAAAUUGCAGCUGUUCCACGAGGGGUUGCGUGUAAUCAAAAAUGCGCGAGAAGCGCAAUCUAAACCGGUCCAUUGGUUUGUUGAAAACCUGGGUGACCUACCUGAAGACAUUGUCAGAAGCUUCAAUGCCACCCUGCAGGUCAAGCCAUUCCACAUAUGCGCUUCUUGGUUUUCCUACUGCGAGAGACCUCGCCUUUACUGGUGUUCCUGGGCGUGGACAUCUCGUGAUGCCAUUGCCCCGUACGAUGAGGACGACCUCAUGAGGAGCGGGCUGCAGGCUCGCUACUGGCGCUGGGCGGUAGUGCAAGGCUGCACGCUGAAAGAUUCGCUAGUUAGUUCCCAAAUGCGGCGUCGCUACGCCUCUGCAGUCGCGGUUCUGCUGGAGUUUUGGAAGUUGCAUCAAUGUGGGCCACGCGUCUUGGAGCAAGUGGAUGCAGCAGUGGCAAUGUUUCUAGAGCACGUCUUUUCCGAAGGCGAACAUAAAUCGCUCAGCAAUGACACGUUGGCCGGAUUGCAGUUUUUCAUGCCGUCAAUCAGAAAGCGACUGCACUACUCAUGGAAGCUGUGCAAAGUUUGGCAUCGCAUUGAGCCGCCUCAGCGAGCAGUCCCCAUUAAUCCGCACUUGCUGGCAGGUUUCGCGGGAUUAGCGUGGGCAGGUGGCUAUAGGGCAAUAGCUGCUGCUUUGUUGGUGGGUUUUGAUGCCAUGUUGCGCACCGGCGAACUGUUGCAGGUCAGGAUGCAGCACAUUUCUUUCAUCAAAGGUCGGGCUGUCCUUUGUUUGCCUUCCACAAAAACGUCUAAGCGCUCGGGCAACCAGGAGAUGGUUGUUGUGGAGAGCGUUUUGGCUAAUGCAGCGCUGCGGUGCGUUGUUUGUGAAUCCUCCGGCCUGCUCUUGCCUGACGGAGCAGCUCACUUCCGAAAAGUCUUUCAUGCUUUGUGUCGUGCUUUUGAUCUUGAUUUUCACGUCACGCCGUACUCCUUGCGUAGGGGCGGUGCCACGUAUGCCUUCCUGCUGCAUGGUAGCAUGGAAAAGUGUUUGUUGCGUGGCCGUUGGGCCAGCUCUUCUUCAGCCAGAAUCUAUCUGGCCGAUGCGAUUGCCACAGUUCGUUUCCUGCAGCUGUCACCCAAGCAGCUGGGUUUGGCCGCUGCUGCAGCAGAGGCUGGAAAAGUGGUGGUGCGCGGAACGUUCCUCCACGUCGAGGAUGACAGUGGCCUGCGUGCCCGCUUCCGCUCCAUGCGAAAGCUGAAGACGGACUCCGCAGUGGCAGGGGUCUUCGAUGAGCUCGAUGCCUAUGAGCCGGGCAAGUUGAGCUCGGAAGCCGCCAGGGAAGAGGCCUCCCACGUGGAGGCAGCGAGCACGCCCCCUGCUGUUGCGCCGCAGCAGCGCACCGCCAGGGCCAAGACCGCAGCCGGGAAGACCACUGUAAUGCUGCGUAACAUUCCCAACAACUACUCGCGUGACAUGGUGAUCGAGCUGUUGGACGAGCAUGGCUUUGCAGGGGCCUACAACUUUGUGUACCUUCCGAUGGACUUCACUCGUGAUGCUAACUUGGGCUACGCCUUCGUCAACCUCGAGACAAGUGAUGCCGUGGAUGCCCUGUGGAAGACUUUCGACGGAUUCUCCGACUGGUUGCUCUGGGACCCAGAUGAGCAGGUCUGUUGGAGCGGCCCACAUCAGGGAUUCCAAGCGCAUGUGGAUCGAUACAGGAACAGCCCCGUCAUGCACAAGUACGUUCCGGACCACUACAAGCCUGUCAUCUUCAAAGAAGGUUUGAAGCCCUUUCAGCAAUAUGGGGCGAAGAGGCUGAAGCAGGCACUGCUUGAGCGCCUGGGUACGCCGGCCGAUGCCGCUUCGCGGCGUGAGACAGAGGUGCUCCGCGCCGCGUUCCCCGGCGAUGCCAUUGGAUCCUACUAUUCGGUAUUCUACGCGUUGGCCGAGUUCCGAUGCGAGUCUUUUGAUGUCAAGAUGGACAGUGCAAUGAAUGUCCUGACGGAUGAAGGCAAGAAGAUUCGAAGCUUGUCUCAUUUAACAUGCUCCUGGAAGUUGUUCUACACCUGA